UAAGUUAUCCACAAUCAACAUUAACGUUUUUAACUCAAUCUUUGCUUGCUCCACGUUUGAGCAUAGGAUACUUCACCCCUUAUCAUGACUACAAACAAAACGAGCUCCUAUAUUGUAGUAAUAUGACUUUUACAUUUAUACACAGGUAACAACUUACUGAUCAGCUUUCUUAAAUGUGAGAAAGUCUAUUUAUUAGAUAUAUGUUCAUUUUCAGACAACUAACGUUACUUACCUCCGUUCUGUUGUUGACAGCCAGCAGUCCAAAAUUACAAAAGCAGCCAGCUGUCCAAAAUUGCGAAAAAUACAAAAUUACAAAAUUGAAGGUAGCUAACGUUAGCUUUGCUUCGCACCGAGUUGAUAGUUGAUUGUUUCCUUAGCAACGCAGCGGAAAUCCGGCGUCCGUUCGCGAGAUUUGGGACAGGGUACGGGAUUUUGGCGAGGGCUAUGUAGGGUUCAUAAUAUCGCACACCGCGGACUGGCUUUAUUCCGGUCUGUGAGUUUUGACCGGAAGCCGGCAGAGACAGAAGCGAAGCUGAGCUGUCAGCUUGAGCAGGCCACGGCUGGAAACACCUAAACGUCAACGGGGGGGGGGGGGGAGAGCUGUUUAAGUUUCACUUUCGGGUUUGAUUGGGCGUGGCGUCGUCGUCGCCGUUACUUUGUAUCAUACCGGCGUAGGUCUUCCGUCUUUAGGGUGACGUUGCUCCGCCAGUGCGGGUGAAGCAGAGGGGCUGAGCUGACGGGAGGAGACGGGACGAUGUCUGGGACCAGGUCUCCUCUGCUGUGCGUCUUCUGCGUGGUCAUGGCGGCCGGUGCGCAAGAACCACUCUACAAGAAAGUGUCAGACAGUGUUACCCUGACUACAGGCUCAUCGUCUGUGACUGACAUCCUUUCAAUAGUAUGGUACCAAGGUGACAACUUGGCCAUGGACUGGGAUGGGAGUACUUCUGUUGAUGCCUAUCGUCAGUUCAAAGUUCGUGGUAGCCUGAACCUUUCAACUGGAGCUAUGACGAUUAAAGACUCGCAGGUCCACGACAAUGGCAUGUACAAAGUACAGAUCAACGGCCAAGUGGUAAACCACAUUCAUCUAAAAGUCAUCUUUCCUGUCCCGAAACCCACGGUUAAGCCUGACCCAAGGUGUGAUUCCAAGAACGACAACUGUGAGCUACGUUGCCAUGGAAACACUCUUGGGGUUGAACAAGUCCACUGUAGUUGGCAGGGAGACGGCCUUCCUUACAGUAACACAACCUGUGAGCACACUAUCACAAAGGAGCGAGACUCCAAAGUUAAAGAGAUCAAGUGUAAGAUGACGAACCCAGUCAGCGAGGAGCUUAGUGAGCCUUUCCCCAACCCUUUCUACGUCAAUAAGGUCAUUGUGGGGCUGGUAGUCUUCAUCGUACUGUGUGCACUACCGGUCAUGUUGGUCUUCUUUCACCGAUGCAAAACAGGAACGUGGUUCUUCGCAUCAGCAUUCAUGCCAUGGCAAGCAGGCUUCUGGAGGAAGCAGAAGGAGGGAGCUAGAAUAACUGUUGAAGCUAACACAGAGGAUCCAUCGCCGAUGGAGGCGGCUGAUUCCAACGGCCCAAGUGCUGCUGCAGAAAAACGAGCAGAGGGUAAUAAAUAGUCUGUAUAUUUUAAG